CAUCAGUAGCUGAAAUGUUUUCCUUGACUGCUCUGUUCAGCACAAAGGUGGCGAAAUGAAAGGUGCUCCUUUGUACUUCGCACUGCCCAAAGCAGACUACACUUGAGAGGAAGUGGAGUCAGUUCCACUUCAGGAAGUAGCUGCAAGUUCCAGUACUUUAAGCAACAUGGCGCUUUUAAAGAGUUUGUUUUUUACAGGCUACCGUUGUCGUGGUGUUUACCGGCAGAGUUUGAUUCAGUUCAGAUUGAAGAAUACUUCCUCGCCAAUCCAGAUCGCAGGAUUGGAUCACAUUGUUCUGACUGUAAAGAGCAUUGAAGAUACUGUGGCAUUCUACUCCCAAACUUUAGGCAUGGAAGUUACCACUUUCAAGGGCAACCGCAAAGCACUUUCCUUUGGGAAUCAGAAAUUCAAUCUGCACGAAGUUGGGAAAGAAUUUGAGCCAAAGGCACACAAGCCAACAGCAGGAUCCAUAGAUGUCUGUUUGAUCACAAAAACACCAGUCAAUAAAGUAAUUGAACAUCUUAAGACAUGUGGUGUUCACAUUGAAGAAGGUCCUAUUGAACGAACUGGUGCUGUGGGUCCUAUCACUUCAGUUUACUUCAGAGAUCCAGACAAUAAUUUGAUUGAAGUUUCCAAUUACCUUUCUGACCAAUAGUGAACACAGCAGCAAGUAGAAUCCAAAUCUAUAUGAAAAUGGAAAGUGCAAAGAUGAUUUACAAGGAUUGAUCUGUUCUUGUACAUUUAAUAUAAUUGGUAAUAUACUGUUAAAGCUACUACUGUAAAUAUCCAGUGAGAUGACACAGGCGUCGAAGCUCAGUGCAUCAACAUAAUGUACAGUUUGUACUCUUAGUUGGAUAAAAGUAGAUAACUUUGGAAGUCGGGUAAUCAGUAUUCGAGCAUUGUUAUAUUUUUCAGUACAAAGCAAAAAAUAUUAUCACAACUGCUGAACAGAAAACUUAGCAUUGUUAAAUAUAUGCACAAUAACUAAAAAGUAUGAUACAUUGAAAAUUUACAUAGUAAUUAAGAAGUUUUUGCAAACUAUUUAAAAAGAAUGUGUGAUCUUGCAAUAAAAUCACUAAAUAUACUGCCUGGCACAAGAGGUUGAUAUACCAGUUCCUUGCUUCUGAAAUUUAAAUAUAAUCAAUUUAUGUGAUAUGAAUUUUCCCAAAGAAUGAUUGGUUUGGGAAACAGGAAUGUUCACACAUUGUUGGAAUAGUAUAGUCUAUCUCCAUAUGGGAGGGUGUUCAGUUCACUAGAUUAUUUGCCAAAGUGCAGCAAUGACUCACCACUUGACCUGAAGAUUUGUUGGAUGAGGAGAAGAAAACCAAAUAUAUGUGGAAUUGAUAUUCAAUGUGGAGGAGUGUUUAAUCAUCAGCUGAGAGAGGGUGAUAGCUGAGGAUCUGUCGGAGGUUUCAUUGCUCAAGUUUGGGUUGAUGCAUGAAUCACAACAAAUGUGAUUUGAACUCACGAGCUUUUAAUUCAGAGAUGAGCACGCUACAAAAUGAGUCGCAGCAACCACCCAUGACUUUGAAUCUGUCGGGCUUCAAUAAUGCCUGGGCAGAUUAAUGUUAAUCAGCACUAUUUGUUGCAAAGAAAGGAAUAUGGCAAAAAGAUAAUUUAUGGUCAUAAAAAUAUUAACUUCCUAUUAAAGGAGAAGAAAAUGAGCAAAAGGAAAUAGUUGUGAUUAUUAGAAAUCAGAAUCUUUUAAAACAUGCUGAAAAUAUUCAGCAGAGAGAGCAGAUAAUGGAACAGACACCUCCAAAGACCCAAUCAACUAUUUGAGGAAAUGGGAAGACAUUUUGGAAGCUCUGGAGGCAUUAUUAGAUAAAUGUGACAGACAAAGGUUCUAGGAGGAUGGAAUAGAUUUCUUCUUGACAUUAGAUGGAAGGAAGUGUAAUUAAGAUUAAUAUAUUAUUAAUGAGUUGUAACUGUUAGUAUACAAUUAAGUUCUAGAAAUAUCAUGGGAGGGGGGAAAAAAAUUGAAAACUUUAAAAAUAUUCAUCAAUCUUGUCACCAAGUAAUAGCUCGAGCAAAUAGUGUGAUAAGAUAUAUUUAAAAGGUAGAAAGUGCUGGAGAUACUCAGCAGGUCUGAGAAUCAAAGAAGAAUCAUUGGACUCGAAAUAUUAGCUCUUUCUCCAGCAAUGCUGACAGACCGACUGAGUUUUUGCAGCACUUUGUUUUUUUAUUUCAGAUCUCCAGCAUUCACAGUAUUUUCCCUUAAUAUGUUUGUAGUUAUAGAUAAUUCAGUUUCAACAAAGUAUGUUACAUAUACAUGUGUUAUUGUUGUUGCAAGGUCUUGGACACUUGAGAAUAGACAGUCUCUUUAGGCUACAAGAGCAGAUCAGAGGCUACAAAUUCUGUGGUGUAAAAAGAGAUCACUUCCCAUAUUCCCAAAGCCUGUCCACCAUCUGCAAGGCACAAGUCAAGAGUGUGACAGAAUACCGUUCAUUUGGCUGUGUAGUUUCAACAGUCCUCAAGCAGCUUGACAACACCCAAGACAAAGCAUCUCGCUUGACUGACAUUCCAUCCACCACCUUCAACUUUCACUCACUUCACCACAAACACACCACGGCAGCAAUCUGUAACAUCUACAAGAUGCAUUGCAGCCUCCUUUAACAGACCCUUUUAAAUUGGCAAACUUUGCCACCUGAAGGACAAAGGCAGCAGAUUCAUGGGAAUACCACCAUCUGCAAAUGCACUUCCAAGUCACACACCAUCCUGAUUUGCAAAUAUAUUACAAUUCCUUCACUGCAGCUGGUUCAAAAUUGGGAACUCCCUGCCUCUACAUCACAAGAACUGCCAUGGCUCAACAAUUCAGCUCAUAACCACCUUCCCCAGGGCAAUUAGGAAUGGGAAAUAAAAGCUGGCUUAGUCACUAAUAGCCACAUCCCAGAAAUUAGUGUAGGUGUUGUUUGGAAAUUGUGUUCCCAAAGGGAUGAACUGGAUCCUGCUGUCUCAAGGAUAGAUUGCAAUUGUCAAAGAUUUGCAGCGAAGAAACUGACUCACCAACAAUUAACAAACCCUUCACCCUGUAAGAAUUGGUCAAUGGGCUUCUAAUCAAGAAAACCAUAUUUCAAAUGUCCAGAAUAUACAUGUAGCUCUUCUAUAUCACGAUAGUUGCGUUCUUGUGCAACCCUACAUUAUAGAAAAGUCACGCUUUAGUAAUAACACUUAAAGUGUUGGCAAAUAAUCGCAUUACAGCCAACACACAUUUUAAAAGUUCACACUUCAGAAACGGUGUUCCCAAUUUGUCAAUUGCAUUACAGCAAAUUCACGUUAAUGAAACAUGAUUUAUGGUAGAAAGACCUGUAAUUAGAUUUUCAAUCUUAUUUCUGGACAAAACUCAAGUCAGGUGCAUGUUAAAGCAGAGCUGGGACAGAGCACACAGCAAAAGGAAGUUUAUUUUUCUCUGUGUUUUGUGUAGUUUAGAAAAGUCAAUUAAUGUCAGUGAGAGCAUGUACCUUGAUUUAUACUUCACACUGUCUUUAGCAGCCUUUUGUGAUUUGUCUGCUUCUCUCAGCAUGGCAUCAGUAUCCCUCAACAUUGUUGUUUUCUACCUUUUCCAUAGUGCCUUGCUGGCACCCUCCACUUCCUGAAAGCAUUCAGUUGUUUUAAUUGAGUUCUGAGAUCACUCCUUGCUCAAUCAACUUACUUACAUUUAAAAAUAGAAUAAAACAUUUUCA